CGCAGGGCCGGGGCGGGCCGGGGUCCGGGAGGCGGACGCACUCUGUGGCGUCGGGUGUUUUGGUUUGCAUUUUUUUUCUGCGAAAUAAGUUUGCUUUGGCCACGCCUCAAAGCGGCCGCCUCCUCCUACCCCCUCCUCCGCCCCUCGGCGCACACCUCUCGGGUGCAGAUUGCAAAGCGUCUCCUGUGUGGAGCUGCAAUUUUUGUAAGAGCCAGACUUGCCCACCUUGUAAGAAGGAGCGCCUGUGUACCCUUGCACCAUCCCUUGCAAAGAACCAGCAGCCAGAUCUGGUCACCUACUCGCCAGGACUGUAUGAUCUCCCGGGACUUUCUUGACUCUCACGUUUCUGCACCAAAGACCGCAAAUCCCUGGCGUUCCUAGGAUUUGCAGCGUUCUGGAUACUGGAGGCUUGCGAGCUCCGCGCGCCCGAUCCUGGGUAGACACUCGCCCGAGGCCCAGGAGCGUGCCGGCGCCUGGAGAGCCAGCCCUUCGCCUCUCCAUGAGCCCAUGAACCUGGGGCCAGGUGCCCGGCGAUGGCGCGGCCUCUGAGCGACAGGACCCCGGCUCCCCUGCUGCUGGGCGGCCCAGCCGGGGCCCCCCCUAGCGGGGGAGCGCUGCUUGGGUUGCGAAGCCUCCUGCAAGGGACCAGCAAGCCCAGAGAGCCGGCCAGCUGUCUCCUGAAGGAAAAGGAGCGCAAGGCGUCUCCGCUCGCAGCCACGGUCCCGGGGCCGGGACUGGAGACGGCAGGCCCGGCGGAUGCCCCCGCUGGGGCGGUGGGAGGCGGCCUGCCAUCUCGGGACACACCCAGUCCUGUGGACCCAGACACAGUGGAGGUGCUGAUGACCUUUGAACCUGACCCAGCUGAUCUUGCCCUGUCAAGCAUUCCAGGCCAUGAGACUUUUGACCCUCGGAGACACCGUUUCUCUGAGGAGGAACUUAAGCCCCAGCCAAUCAUGAAGAAGGCAAGGAAAAUUCAGGUGCCAGAGGAGCAGAAGGACGAGAAGUAUUGGAGCCGGAGGUACAAGAACAACGAGGCAGCCAAGCGGUCUCGCGAUGCUCGGCGGCUCAAAGAGAACCAGAUAACGGUGCGGGCAGCCUUCCUGGAGAAGGAGAACGCCCUGCUGCGGCAGGAGGUGGUAGCGGUGCGGCAGGAGCUGUCGCAUUACCGGGCCGUGCUGUCUCGCUACCAGGCCCAGCACGGGGCCCUGUGAGAGCUUUCCUGCACUUCUCUCCCCCUCAGACUUGCGCCCUGUCGCCUCUUCCCUCCCCGCCUUGUGGCCCACAGGUUGGCCAUCUGGUUGCCCCAGGGACGUGAUAAUGCAGAUAAAUACAUUUAUAUUUUUAAGAAAAAGCGAGCCUCCCCCCUCCCUUGCGGGGGCGGGGAGGGUCCCAUGUGUGCUCCGGACACGUCGGGGACCCCAUCCUCCCACCGCCUACAUUAACACAAUCCUAAAUAAAUCUUGAG